CUGGCGGACCGCGGCAUCCGGAUCGACAUCGCAGAGCCGAGAAGGGAGGCCAUCGAUCGCGAGGAUGAACGAGGACGAGCGCCUCCGUUAAACGCGGAUCAACGGGUGUCCCGUUUGUGGGAGCAAUUCAAGUGUGAUCUCCUGCAGAAGGCCCCGUCUCCGAAGGGAAGACAGCAUCGAUCGUUCCUGACGGUCACAGCGAUCGAGAAGGUGAACGCACCCGACAGGUUGUUCAAGUCACCGGUUUUGCCAUUCACGCAGUGCCGCGUCAAUCACGUGGACGGAACAUUCUGGACGGGGAUAAUGUUCGACCGGUAUUUCCCGCCGACACACACCACCAUCAACCAUUCGCUGCAGAACUACGUGCAGUGUACGUACUGGAAACAGUGGUCGGCGCUGCUGGCUAAGCACGACGAGGUGGACAUCCCCGCGCUCCGCCGCGCGCUGCUGGGGCUGUUCAACCAAAUGCUUUGGCUGCCGCAGCCUGAGAAUGACCGGAUCUGGAACACGCGUCAGGCCGGCGCCUCAUCGGCAAAGGCCGUGCCCACCGGGAGCCGAGGCCCGGCUCCCAUUCUUGCGGUAAAUCCU